AUGCCUAAGGCGUUUCAGAAGCUGAGAGGAAGAUUCAGCAGUAAGGCCCCAGAGACGGUGCAGAAAGGGAGGCGGGAUUGCAAAUCAGGAAGGCACAGGGCGGACAGCGGCACAGGCUGGGCUCAGCUGCAUCAAAUGCUGCAGUGGGAGAGAGAGAGGCUGAAGACCAGAAGAUGUGAGCAGGAGGCCUCCCGACCCAGGGAAGGAGUCCACGGAAGAGGAAGAGGACACUUCAGCGUCUGCACCAGGAGAGAGGGAGAGGGCGUGGACAGGACCCGCCCGCUCACAGUGACACCUCCUUAUUUGUCACCUCGGCGCCAGUCCUCCGCUCCUAGUGCUGGGCGGGAUCACUCUUCCCGCUCGACUGGGAGGAGUCCCGGACGGGUGUCCCGGCCCCGGGUAGGGAGGGUGGCAGCAGAAACCGGUGCUCCCCACGGGCCCCCACGGGCCUCCCCGGGCCGAGCAGAGGCAGGCCUUGCAGGGGGGACGCGGCAGCGAGGCGCGUCCCCGGGGGCCUGGGCGGCGGCGCCCGGGCCGGGGGAGGCCGCGCACUCCGUGGACUCCGGGCCGGCGCCGGCUCCCGCCCCCGGGGAAAAGGAGCCCGAUGGGCGGGUUCGAGCCGAGAGCCGAGGCGCCCCCGCGCACGGACGGAAGGCGGGGAAGCCGGGCGGCUGCGCGGCCCCCAGCGCCCCGGGUUUCCCGCUGCCCGCCGGCCGGGGGCCUGCGGCGGCCCGAAGCUCCGCGCCGCCCGCCACCGGCCUCGGGCCUGGCUGUGAGCACAUCGGGGAAUCCCCCAAGGCAGAAGGCAACUUGAAUGGGUGUUUUCAUCUCUGCAGCGCAGCUGGUAAUAGUGAGAAUCACACCACUUCAAAAAUGUGUGAAAAUCACUUAGGAGAUGUUGGUCUGUCAACACAGGGUAGUGAUUCCACUGAAGCAACUGCCAAACCAAAGAGAAGUUUUUAUGCUGCGAGGGAUUUGUACAAAUAUCGGCACCAGUACCCACAGAACUUCAAAGAUAUCCGAUAUCAAAAUGAUUUGAGCAAUCUUCGUUUUUAUAAGAACAAGAUUCCAUUUAAGCCAGAUGGUGUUUAUAUUGAAGAAGUUCUAAAUAAAUGGAAAGGAGAUUAUGAAAAACUGGAGCACAACCACACUUACAUCCAGUGGCUUUUUCCCCUGAGAGAACAAGGCUUGAACUUUUAUGCUAAAGAACUAACUACAUAUGAAAUUGAGGAAUUCAAAAAAACAAAGGAAGCAAUUCGAAGAUUCCUCCUAGCUUAUAAAAUGAUGUUAGAAUUUUUUGGAAUAAAACUGACUGAUAAAACUGGAAAUGUUGCUCGGGCUGUUAACUGGCAGGAAAGAUUUCAGCAUCUAAAUGAGUCACAGCACAACUACUUACGAAUCACCCGUAUUCUUAAAAGCCUUGGUGAGCUUGGAUAUGAAAGUUUUAAAUCUCCUCUUGUAAAAUUUAUUCUUCACGAGGCUCUUGUAGAAAAUACGAUCCCUAAUAUCAAGCAGAGUGCUCUGGAGUACUUUGUUUAUACAAUUAGGGACAGACGAGAAAGGAGAAAGCUCCUGCGGUUUGCCCAGAAACAUUACACACCGACAGAGAAUUUUAUCUGGGGACCACCCAGAAAAGAACAGUCCGAGGGAAGCAAGGCCCAGAAGGUGCCUGCCCCUCUGGCCUCCAGUCACAGCAGUCAAACUUCUCUGCAUAAAAAAUCCAAGGACUCCAAAACUUCCUCCUCCGCUGUUCACUUAAAUAACAAAACAGUUGAAGAAAAAAAAGUGGCACCAAAGGAGUCCGGGGAAGAGACAGAAAGGCCCAACCCAGAGCCCAGCAAUGAAGACGCCAAGCCGAGAAACACAGAGGACAGCGAUGCGGAAGCUUUGAGUUCUCAACCUGAAAAAACAGUCCCUCAUCCCACCGAAGAAAAGGAGAGUGCACCUCCUAUUGAAAAAGAUGAAGAAGGUGAAAGUCACAGCAGAGACCCUGAAGCUUCUGGAAAUACAAGUUGUCAUGAUGUUACAGUAUUACAGUGACUUCUCAGCAAACCCACAGGCCAGUUUAGGUAAGGGAGGAAACAGUGACUGUAUAAUUUAUCCUAGAGAACAAAGAUGAGGUCCGUUCCGAUUUUACCCAUCGGUGUGUGAUUAAUGUCGUACGCAUUUUGUUGUCAUUUGCUUUUUAUUUUGGAUGACAGUGAACUGAAUAUUUCAGUAAGAAGUUUUAAGAUAAGACCCAAUAAAUGAAUGUAUUCUGUAA